AUUCAUUCAUCUGAGGCGAAAGUCAUCAUUCAUUCAUCAUUUGAACAGAAGAUAUCAAGAAAAGACCUUUCAUGCUCUCGUUUGUUCUUUGAAAUAGUGACAGCGGGGUCUCAAUCUCACAACCAGCCAAGAGUUCAUCUGAUGAGUGCACAAUUCAGAGUCAGCCAUGGAGGCAGACACACAGGAGUUUUUGGAUGGAGAGGUAGCAAGAGAGAAAGUCCCCACAGCAAAGACACCUGAUGUGCCAAAGAUAGAUUGGUUGAAGCAGCAGAAAGCCCAACUGAAGGACUACAAGCGUGGAGGCAGGCUGCGGAACAAAUCCCGAAUUAGUUACACUGAGGAGGAAGAACCCAACGAUGACAACUACUUCCUGUGUGAGGACUGUGAAGACGUCUUCAUUGAGGAAUGCUGGAUCCAUGGGCCCCCCAUCUUCAUCCCUGACACCCCGGCACCAGUAGGGGUCCCAGACCGAGCCAGACUCACACUGCCCCCAGGCCUGGAGGUCAGCAGGUCCCACAUCCCCAACGCAGGACUGGGGGUGUUCAACCGAGGCCAGGAGAUAGCCAGAGGAACACACUUUGGACCCUACGAGGGAGAAGUCAUGUACAAGGACCAGGCCAUGGAGAGUGGAUACUCCUGGGUGAUUUUUAAGGGUCUGCACAGAGAUGAGUGCAUAGAUGCGAAGAGGGAGACUCAUUCCAACUGGAUGAGGUAUGUGAACUGUGCUCGUGACCGUGAGGAGCAGAAUCUGGUGGCGUUUCAGUACAGAGGAGGGAUUGUGUAUCGCUGCUGUCGACCCAUUGGUCCUGGAGAAGAGCUGCUGGUCUGGUAUGGAGAAGACUACGCCAAAGAGCUGGGCAUCACACUCGACUACCUCUGGGACGUCAACACUAAAGGUACUAAAGAGGUGUCUCAGGUGCACAAACACGUCAAGAGAAGUCCCACAGAUGAGUAUGUGCAUCUGCGGAGGUCUGGAGAGAUCAGAUCAGAUGUCUUACCUUCGGGAGAUAGAAACCGACACAAACACCAAUCCACAACUGAGGCAUCCAGACCAGUCACACAGUCUUCUUCAGAACAGCCAGGAACGGACGACCAGAAGCAAAAUCGCAUCUCUCACAUAGGAGGGAAGACACAGCAUCGUACUCACACAGGCGAAAGGCCGUAUCAGUGCAGUCAAUGUGGCAAGAGAUUCAUUCAAGUAAAAACUUUAAAAGAACACCAGCGCAUUCACACAGGAGAGAGGCCGUAUCACUGCACUCAGUGUGGCAAGACUUUCAAUAAAGCAUUUAAUCUAAAACUACACCAGUACACUCACACAGGAGAGAGGCCGUAUCACUGCACUCAGUGUGGCAAGAAUUUCACUCAGGCGGGAGCUUUAAAAGUACACCAGCGCACUCACACAGGAGAGAGGCCGUACCACUGCAUUCAGUGUGGGGGGACAUUCACUCAAUGUCGUAGUUUAAAGACACACAAGUGCUCUCACAGUAAAGAGCCCCUCACUCACACAGGUCGGAAGAAACACAGCUGCAGUCAGUGUGGCAAGAGUUUCAUUCAGGCAGGAACCUUAAAAGUACACCAGCGCACUCACACAGGAGAGAGGCCGUAUCACUGCACUCAGUGUGGCAAGACUUUCAAUAAAGCUUUUAAUCUAAAACUACACCAGUACACUCACACAGGAGAGAGGCCGUAUCACUGCACUCAGUGUGGCAAGAAUUUCACUCAGGCGGGAGCUUUAAAAGUACACCAGCGCACUCACACAGGAGAGAGGCCGUACCACUGCAUUCAGUGUGGGGGGACAUUCACUCAAUGUCGUAGUUUAAAGACACACAAGUGCUCUCACAGUAAAGAGCCCCUCACUCACACAGGUCGGAAGAAACACAGCUGCAGUCAGUGUGGCAAGAGUUUCAUUCAGGCAGGAACCUUAAAAGUACACCAGCGCACUCACACAGGAGAGAGGCCAUAUCAGUGCACGCUGUGUGGCAAGAGUUUCAACACAGCAUUUAAUUUAAAACAACACCAGUACACUCACACAGGAGAGAGGCCGUAUCACUGCACUCAGUGUGGCAAGGGUUUCACUCAGACGGGAGCUUUAAAAAUACACCAGCGCACUCACACAGGAGCGAGGCCAUAUGACUGCACAUGGUGUGGUAAGAGUUGCAUUACGAAGGGAAAUUUAAAACUACACCAGUACACUCACACAGGCGAGAGGCCGUAUCUCUGCACUCAGUGUGGCAAGAGUUUCACACAGGCGGAACAUUUAAGACGACACCAACGCACCCACACUGGAGAGAGGCCGUAUCACUGCACACAGUGCGGCAAGAGUUUCAAUACAGCAUUUAUUUUAAAACGACACCAGCGCAUUCACACAAGAGAGAGGCCAUAUAAUUGCACUCAGUGUGGCAAGAAGUUCACUCAGGCGGGAGCUUUGAAAGUACAUUAGCGCAGUCACACAGGAGAGAGGCUGUAUUACUGCUCUCAAUGUGGCAAGCGUUGCAUUACAAAGGGAAAUUUAAAACUACACCAGCGCACUCACACAGGAGAGAGGCCGUAUCACUGCACUCAAUGCGUCAAGAGUUUUAAUACAGCAUUUCAUUUAAAACGACACCAGCACACUUACACCGGAGAGAGACCGUAUCACACGUUCACUCAGUGUCAUAGUUUAAAGGUACACAAGUGAUCUCACAGUAAAGAGCCCCUCACUCCCACAGGACAGAAAAAACAUUGCUUCACUCAGUGUGCCAAGAGUUUCACUGAGCUAACAACUGUAAUACAACACCAGCACACGCACACAGGAGAGUGGCCGUUUCACUGGUUUCAGUGUGACAAGAGUUUCACUGCAGAUAGGUCUUAAAAACUACAUCAGCGCACACAUACAGGAGACAGGCGACCUCUAAAAUCGUUCCUCGCAAUUUUGACAAUAUUGCUCAUAUGCACAUGUCUGCCCACCUUGUGUAAAGUGCUCUCCCGCGCACAAAAACGACAUAAAAUCCGCAUGGCAACGUGUUUGUGCACAAAAUGUACCAGUGCACGUGUAUCCUCCAGCAAGUUUGUCUCGAGCCUCAUUUUGUUUCCACAAGGCCAAUGCCAAUAAACAAGACUUUUAUCAUAAACAUUCAAACAGAGAACACAUACAUUUUUUUCGUGAUUUUUGAGAAAAUGGCUAGCUCUUAUCCAGACUGUUUGUAGGCUUCUUGGGUUUGGGUUCCUUUGUUUUGCAUUCUAACCCCGGGUUAGGGUAUUGACGAGGUUCAGGGUUACUGCCCUGAAGAAGGCACUCCUGCCGAUACGCGUUGGCCUUGUUUUUACUAUGUCCAUGUAGGUCUUGUCAAAUUAAAAUACAUUUAGCCUUGGUCUGAGAAUUUUUACUCAAUUUUGAACAUACAUGAAUUUUUUUAGCUGAAUUUGUCUCAGCUUGACUCUUCUUUCCUGUGUUCUAGGUUUUAAUUUUUCUUUUUUUAAAUACUGUAGUGUGUUUAACAAUUUAUUUUAAAUAUUUUUUUAAGGAUGUGUGAAAGAUGAAACACCUUGAGCCAUUAACUAUACACUAUACGUUUAAGUUGUGAUAUUACUUAAGAAAGUACUCUAAAUAUAUGAAGGGUUUCAUUGCAAAACGGUGUAUCCACCAUUUUUACUUUUGCAUUUUAUUAUUGGAAAUGACUGUUCAGAGGUCUGAUCACCUUUGUGUGAAUUCUUGCCAUUCAAAUAUUUUGAGAACAUGCUUUUUAAACCUAUAUAAAAUGAAUUUUGCAAUGCAAUACAAUGGAAUGCCCAAUACAAAAUGUCAAUUUCCCAACAUUCAACAAAAUGGAGAUACACCGUUUUGCAAAUAAACCCUUCAUAUAUUUCUGUGUGUAAAUAGGCAAGGGAAAACUGAAUAAAAUAUGGAAUGGAGCAUAAACUGCA